AUGGCAGCUCCCAGGAUCACCAAAAGCACUGGGCUCGCAUCUCUCGCUUGCACCGGGUGCAGGAAGCAACAUCUCAAAUGCGAUGGCAAGAAGCCGACCUGCUCACGAUGCGUCCAGAACGGUACACCGUGCAACUACCAACCUUCGCGACGCGGGGGACGCAGAAAACCGAGGGAUCUUACCGCCGGGAGAGGACUUCAGCCGCUUCGACCUUCAAUCGGACCUGGAGAUGAUGAUAGUGUCAGUGCUAGUUCUCCGACUGUGCCAGAGGUUCCUCGUUCAGAACCGUCUCGCCUUUCAGCGACAGAUGAUGCUCCAUCAGAUGGAAAUGUCCUCUCGUACUUUUCCGGAAUAAGCACCGAUCAUCUCCUCUGGCCAGGUCUAGGACCCAAAGACUUCAGCAACCAGGGUCAAGUGUCAUCGAUAAGCAGACCUCCCACCGACAGUGAGCGGUUCAUUCGGAUGUACUACGAGAACUUUCACAAUGCUCACCCGAUCCUUGUCCCGGCAUCCAUGUAUACCUCACGAGCAUAUCCCACUUAUCUACAGCUCGUGGUCGACUUUGCGGGAUCUCACUUUGUUCAACUGAGCCCCUCUGAGCAGCUCAAGACAAAAGUUGCUACGGAGCUUUCUUCCAGCACGGAUAAGUCGGCAUGUAUGGUUCAAGCAUGGUUGAUCUACGCAAUUGUGUUAUUCUCACGGGGCGACCUUACCGAGGCACAAGAUGCCUUUUCACACUGCACGACUAUCGCCUUUGAUAUUGGCCUACAUCGCGCAGAUUACGCGUCAUCUCAACACCCUGAGAGAUCCAUCGAAGCAGAGAGUCUGCGGAGGACAUGGUGGGAGCUCUUCAUCACCGACGUCAUCAUGGCACUUCCUCAAAAGACCAUCUCUUUCCGCUGCAGUGCUGUCUGUCCAGAAGUCCCUUUGCCGUGCGAAGAGUCGCUCUACACAGGCACACACGACAUUCCAGAACCGCGCAGGAUUCUCGACUUUAAGCGGAGGGUUCUUUUCGAAGAGGAUAUUAUCUUUUCGUCUUUCAGCUAUCGGAUCGAAGCUAUCAGCAUCUUGGGACGGGUCCUUGUGCUGAACCGAUUACGAGACUAUCACCGCGAUCACCUUCAAGCAGUCGAGAAUGCGCUCGUCAGUUGGUCAAAUCACCUCCCCACCAAGAAGCUGGACAUCGUGGACUCGUACGGAAACAUCGACGAGAUCAUGUUCCAAGCACAUGCAAUGAUUGCGUAUGCUGGCAUGUUACUACAUCUUCCACGCAGCAGCUAUCACCCUCAUUUGUGCAGCAACGAGGAUCCCUUCUGGCCUAUGGCGCAGGCCCAGUCGUUGUCCAGCUCGACUCGUUUGGUGCACAGCAUCAAAGCAACCGAAGCUUCAAGGCGAAUAUCGGAUUACAUCUCGCUCUGUCCGAAUAUCCAGAAACAUACUCCUUGCAUCAUUCCAGCCCUGGUUCUCUGCGGUUUGAUACAGCUGGCUACUUCAAAUAGUCACUCUGACGAAUGCUUCGACCACCACUACAACCGAAUCACGCUGAUUCUCGGCUGUUUGAAGAACUUGAAGAGGACCUGGAACUUGGCAGAUUCUGCUUACCACCGCGUCCGAUCAUGCGCCGCAACUCUCAUCUCAGAGUCAAUGGACAGGUGGAAUUCCGAGCCUCUAUCGAAAUCCAUCGCCUUGACUACUUCAACGCCGAGUGAAUCUGGCCAAGCAAACAACAGACCUGCGGACUCGACGGUAGUGCAAGGGGCACAAGAAACGACAAUACCAGAACUAGACCCGAGUUUCAUCGACCGGUUAUGCUAUAGUUCUUCACUCUUCAGCUCGCUUCCUGAUUUUGAGAUUAGUUGA